AUGGCACGCUCUGAAGACAGUCUCGCUCGAAAUUCACCACUUCCAAGCACACAACGUGUGAAGAUCGGUGACUCUACAUCAAUUAACCAACUUGAAUACUAUGGUUGUCCUUAUAUGGAGGUGCAUUAUACCGGAUGUCACCCAGCAUCUCCUUGUGAUGGUACACGAGUGCUAGCUCACCCGCCCGGCAAAUUUCGUACUCCCAAGGAGGCCUUUUCUCAGAUGAAAGUCUCUCAUGGAUCGGCUACGACCGAAAGUAAUAAACGAAUAUCCAUGCCUCCAAAAGAUGCUACAUAUUCUCCCCCCGGCUGCGAAAAGGUUCUAAGCAUGGGUCCAAAUCAUGUCAUAAGUCCGCCUGCUUCGAAUGGUGCCUCUGGAGUGGUUGAAACUCAACCACAAAGGGGCUUCACGAAACAACGAAUUCAUAAAAUGCCGUCACUCCAGAAUGUAUCUCAGGAUCAGUCUCCUCCAUCGUUUAAUUCCUCUCGACACUCUUUUGAAUACGAAGGACUUGGGAUGUACCUGGAUAACGAGAGGCACGAGCGAGAGAAGGAUCGAUAUGCCAAUGAAAAGAUCAAGAAGAGUUUCGCUCAUGUUCACCACCGAUCAACAAGUGGAACAUCCCAGCUUUCCACAGUGAGUAGUUACAGCGUGAGUAAGCUAAGCUCACAAUAUAUUCAUCCAAUGCGUCAAGCACCUCGCACUUAUACACCACCAUUGAACCAAUCUUGCCAAGCGUCUAGUUUUGAAAGCGAUCAGUCGGACAUGGAAGAUGGAGCUGGUGUAGAGUCCAUGACACAUUCUGGACCUGAUACUUUAUACUCUUCAGUCCAUGGCUCCUCGGUUCAGGCACCGUGGCCCUCAUUACAAACUCAUGAAAGCUCAUUUACCAGAUUGCCUGGCACCUCACAAACAAACGUUUCCGGCAGGCCGUCUUUUGGCUACUCUAGAGACAACGGAAAUACGCUGGAUAGGGCUUCACCAAUUUCCAGGUCGUCAUUGGAUUUCGUCUUUCGUUCCAAGAUGCAAAACAAUAUGGAUCCUAUUUCUCGAGCGGCUACGGUAAAGGCGGCACGCCAAGCGUUCGAGGAGAAGGAAGCAGCUAAGGCACUGAAAUUAGAGGAGCAACAGUUGAAGGCGGAGGCAAAGCAAAUUCGGCGGAAGGGAAAAUCACCCUGGAAAGUACCUCUGGGGCAGGACGAAGGGCAGGACGAAGGGCAGGACCCACCAGCGUGUGAAAAGAAACCAUCUGAAAUGCAUAGCGCCCCUACACGCCCUACGUCAACAUCACAACCCCAAGCUUCAUCUGGAUCCUGGAAGACACAGUCCAAGAACACAUGGAUGCACUUUUUGACGUGGUUACGAACCCGAAUUUUCAAGCUACAGAGGAGAAUCAAUAAGAUGGGUUGA